CAAUCCUUGAGCGGUUGGCCGGGGAAUCGGUGGCCUAAGACUUUCACUGUUGAGCUUGCUCUUCAGGCCGGAUAACUUUUCAUGGACAACGGCGUCGGCGCGGAGAAGGAUCUCAUGGAGGCGGGGGCGGAAGCUCUCCCCGACGACCGAUGUGGCAUUCGGAUUAAUGGUUGGCAGAUCGAGUCGUGCAAGCGCUCAAUCCUCGGUUCUCUCGCUCGCCGAGAGUGGGAAGAAAAGCUUGGAACCUCGCACCUACCUGAAAUGGUUUUUGGAGAGAGUUCAUUAAAUCUCUUACAUUUGGAAAGUGGUUGUAGGUUACAUUUCAAUGCAUUUGAUGCACUGAAAGGGUGGAAGCAGGAGUCAUUACCACCAGUAGAAGUUCCUGCAGCUGCAAAAUGGAAAUUUAGAAGCAAGCCUGUCCAACAAAUUAUUCUUGAUUAUGACUAUACAUUCACAACACCAUAUUGUGGCAGCGAAGCAAUAGAACUGAAUUGUGAGCAGUUGAAUUUUAAGGAUGGGUGCCAGAGUCCACACUGGGAGGAUUGUGAUCAACGCAUUAAUCUGGCUGCACUUGUAUCAAAUGAACCAAUCCUUUUUUAUGAUGAGGUUAUCUUAUAUGAAGAUGAAUUGGCUGACAAUGGAAUAUCCCUGCUGACUGUAAAAGUUAGGGUGAUGCCGAGCGGUUGGUUUCUUCUUCUUCGUUACUGGCUUAGAGUUGAUAGAGUAUUAAUGAGAUUAAGGGACACUAGAGUUUAUUGUUCUUUUUCUGGUGAUAAAGAUGCCCUACCUGUUCUUCUUCGAGAGAGCUGCUGGAAGGAAGCAACAAUCCAAAGUUUAGUUGCUCAAGGGCUUCCAGCUGAUUCUGCAACCUAUUGCGAUCCAAAUCGCAUCAGCCAGAGGUUACCCACUGUCGCACAGAAGAUCCAGAGGCUAAAAAUCUCCCGGUAACGCUAUCAACUAAAAGCCAUAUUUUCUUAUGCUGUAGGUUUCUAAGAUUCCAAUAGUCUAUGAAAGAAGAAUGAAAGACUAGAACUUUUUAAGGAUUAGUUGAUGAAACUUGAAAUUAUUUUUUUUUCUUUGCUGCAAACCAAGCAAAACUGUAUAGUGGAACAUAUAACAUAUUUUCUCAGCGUUUUAUAUAAUUCCCAAAUUCACAAUCAAA